AGUGAUGCUCACAGUCAAUGGGCACCUAUUGAGUCUGUUUACGCCAUUGCGACACUGCUUGUUUCUUGUUCAACAAAUCCUCCACUCAACACCACUGCUCCACGGCCGCCUUUUGCUCGUCGGGAUCGACGCGCCCCGAAGAGGGUCGUGUCACGGACUGAGAGCUGAUACUGCUUUCAGAUGUCCAACCAGCCACUUGCUCCAUCUUGUGCUACUCCCUUGCGCACAACCACAACGGCCGAUUCAGUCCUCUCUCGUCGGUAUCAUGAAUUGAUCGUCCAGCAUCUUCAACAUGUUGCUUGCUCUCUUCUGGCUCUAGCCUCUCUCACUAUAGCUAAUGUAUACCUCAAGAGUCCUCCUUGCGUUUGGCUCGUCUGGCUAGACGUAACUCAGACUCUGUGGGGCUUGUCCUUGUUUCUUGUCUCACUGCUUUUCACUCUAGCCGAAGAUAGGGAGACAGCCUUCUGCUGCCUUAUUUCAUAUUCACCAAUUUCGUACUUUGAUUGGACCAUCUAUAACUACCUCUCCUGUUAUCUAGUGUCUUCGAGGAGACUUCGCUCUGGUCUACCUAGUCAUUCCUCAGCCCAUUCGUUACAAAUCGCAUUAUUGUGUGCCUUUAUCAUCGGCAGUCUGCUUACAGAACGCUGUCACCUGGCCGCUCAUGCUACACAUCCGAACCCAAAUGCAAGAUGCUGCAGGAUCUCGAUAAGAGCAAGAACAUCUGCUCAGCAGCAUAAAGUAUGUGAGGACAGAUGAGCAUGCUGAAGCACUACAUCGAACAGUACAACGACUGAAGCAAAGCUUGAUGCCUCCUUUUGAUCCCAGAUGGACUCGACCUGACUUGGCGACAGUGAUUAUUGUCGGUUUGACACUUGCUUGCAAUUGCCGAUACCAG